GAAAACGAAACAGCCGCUUAAAUUAAAGUAGUAAUCCGGAACAUUAUCCGUCGGCCGAAGAUUCGGAUCUCGAAAGCUGGGUUGGACCAAAAGUUGUGUUACUGCUUAAUUCCGAAAAUAAAAAAAAGACAGUGGUCGCCCACUAAAUAACUGGCCAAUCGACUUCUGCCUAUGACACAAUUUUAAAAAUGGCAUACUUCGUGAGCAAUCCAACUGAACCAAAUUACUACUUUAUAGACUCAGUUGCCUACACAGAGGAUCACGUUCCAGUAAAAAAACUAUGCUGGUGCGAUGCUCCGUCCAAGCUCAAGGAAAGCACAUUGUGCUCUUACUUUGAACUUUUCGGACCUGUGUUGGAAAUCAAAAUGUUUUCAAAUAAUUCAUCUAUGUUUCAAAGUGGCUAUGUGAUUUAUGACAAUGUUAAAGAUGCAGCUAGAGCCCUGCGCACUUGCAAUCAUAAAGUGAAUGGGAUAGAGUUCCUUGUAGAGGCCAGUGACAGUUGGGACCAGCCGGACGCCUACGGAUCAUCCCCGGAGGAACUCCAGGGACCAUCGCUCAUCUUGGGCCUUAAUGACUAUUGUUUGGAGCACAUAAUGGCAAAACUGGAACUGCAAGAUAAGGUGCGUUUUGCCAAGACUUGUCUGCGUAUAAGGGCGAUCUUCAAGAGGGAAUCAGCCAGGCUGCACACUUGUGUGGACUUGGGUCAAUUCCGGAACAUGACCGUAUGGGACAUUCGAUACUACUUUCAACUAUUCGGGGCUCAUAUACAGGUCCUUUAUGGUAAAUUCGAAGCGGAUCACUCGGAACGGCUUGCUCAGUUUAUAAGAGAUUAUUGCAGGAAUCUGAAGAGCGUGCAGGUGGUGUGCAGCCCCGGAAUCGGGCUGCACAUGCACACUAUAUUUGCCAAUAUGAAUCAACUGGAGGAGCUGCAGCUGCACAACUCAGAUAUAGCCGACGAACCGCUUUUGGAUCUUGAAAACCUGAUCAAUUUAAAGAAAUUAACAUUGAGCAAUAAUUUCCUAACAGGGAGCACUUUGGCUGAACUACCGGUCUCCAUUGAGGUAUUGGGCCUUAACGAAUGUCGGGACUUGGAAGCCAAAUACCUGCCCGAGAUGUGUAGGCGUUUGCCUAAACUAAGGGAACUCAACAUACAGAAUGUGAAUACAUCACCAUUAAGAGUUUUUAAAAUAAUGGUGACGGAUAAUUGUUGUCCUUCACUGGAGGUGCUCCGGGUAACAGCGUUUCCAUAUACCACAUAUGAGUUUGUGCCCCAACUGCCCAAACUAAAGCACCUGACCAUAUGCAAUCCGCUCACAAAUUACCCCGCAUUUACCGACUCACUGUGUCGAAUUCUUAUAUGUGAGUUGGUAAAGUACAAGUCGGAGCAGCUUGAUCACCUUGAAAUAUUGGGUUUCCCUGUACCCAGAGAACAGCUUCUACAAGUUGCAAGACUUAGCGGCCUUCGUGCCCUCCUACUGCACGAUACCGAGGUGGACGAUGUUGUGCUUAAGGAGCUUGCAAACCUUAAGAACUUGGAAAUGCUCUACUUCAGGCACAACAGCGAAAGUGUCUCCAUGAUAGUGCAUCUGUUCUGCGGCUGCCCCAGAUUGAACCACCUGCGACUCAACGAAUGCGACCAGCCGAACCCAAAUCUGGUACGUGGUAUUGUGACCCGAGUGCACCAGGAGAUCGCGAGCAAGGAGGAUCAGAGGAAGCUACCCAUUGAACUAUGGUCAUCUAUGAACGACAAGCAAAUUAACGAUUUCAUCCAGUCAGUUCCAGAUUUGAAGCUCGAAGGUAUCAUUCAAAUGAAAUGCACAGAUGAUCAAUGAACGAGACUCUUUAGAAGAUGGUUAGAUCAGAGUUCGAC